AUGGAUAACAAUGAUCCAAACAGAGUGUAAAGCGACAAGUUGAAUUUGCUUGUGCCCAAAUUGAUGUGCUGAUGAAUAUAUCUUCAGCCUUAUCCACCAAAGUUUGAUCUUACGUUUUAUGGUCAAAAUUUGACACCCCCACUCUUCAUGGAAUAAAUAUUUUUUACUGUCAAACUCAUUUUUGCUUUAUUUUUUUAGGAAACACAGGGGCUGCAUACACAUUGCAUUUUUUGAGAUCUCACUUGUGAGAUUAUUACAUGCUCUCCAUUUGUUGAUAGUAUUCAUAGGCAAUUAGUUGUUGAAAGAAAUUCAACAAUAUUUGGAGUUAUGGGGGAAAAUAGACAAGUGUUUGAGGCUGAUGAAGAUGCAUAUGGAGGCAUGAAUGUACAUAUCAAGGACUCAAUCGAUUCUAUCAAAUUCAUUGCUAUGCUUAGGGCAUCGAUUACACAAUGGACGAAUCAGGGAAAGAAGGGUGUUUGGAUUAAAUUGCAUAUAGAAUAUUACCACCUAGUUAACGAUGCAGUCAAGGAAGGAUUUUGGUAUCACCAUGCAUAGGCAACAUACUGUAUGUUGGUAUAUUGGAUUCCUCAAACUCCUCAUACUAUUCCUUCUAAUGCUUCUCAUAGAGUUGAUACUGGGGCUCUUGUUUAAGAUCACAAAAUUAUAUACAUACACGUUAACGUUGAAUAUUAUUAUGCAUCCAGUUAAAUAUAAUUUUACAUAAAAUGAUAUAUAGGACAAAAUGCUACUUCCAGACCAUAUUUGUCACGACCCAAAUCCGGGCCGCGACUGGCACCCACACUUACCCUCCUAUGUGAGCGAACCAACCAAUCUAAA